UCUACACAGAAAUGUUUGUGGGCGAGGGUUGUAUCAUAGGCCUAGUUGUGGUGUAGCAACGGUUGCAGUAAAUUUAGGCCUAAUUUUAUUAGCCCUCAAGCUAAGAUAGUAUUACUAUUUUUAGUGCAUUCGUGCGCAGUUAACUUUAUCGAUGCUGGAUAAAUCGUAAGAUUGACGAGUAAUUUUUGUCGUUCGUUAUCGUUAAGCCAAAUGCCAGUUAAGACAUAUAUAACUCCACCUCCACCUCCGGCAAAUUCUAGACAGCCUGGAGUUACACGUUCAUUACUUUAUAACGGAUCUAAAUUCCAGGGCCAUCAGAAGAGUAAAGGCAACUGUUACGACGUUGAAGUUAUUUUGCAGCAUGUAGAUGAGGAAAACUCCUAUCUCUGUGGCUACCUGAAAAUAAAGGGAUUGACUGAAGAGUAUCCAACUUUAACCACCUUUUUUGAUGGUGAGAUUAUUAGUCAGAAAUACCCGUUCUUGACUAGGAAAUGGGAUGCUGAUGAAGAGGUUGAUAAGAAACAUUGGAGUAAAUUCCUGUCAUUUUUCCAAUAUUCUAAAACUUUUAACUGUGACAGUUUUGAUUAUGAUGAACUGAAGAAUACAGACUUUGUUUUCAUGAGGUGGAAGGAACACUUCCUCGUGCCUGAUCACACAAUAAAAGAUAUAAAUGGAGCGUCAUUUGCCGGAUUUUACUAUAUAUGUUUUCAGAAGUCUACAUCAUCUAUAGAAGGAUAUUAUUAUCACAAAAAUUCAGAAUGGUAUCAGUCUUUGAAUCUCACCCAUGUUUCAGAACACAGCAUUCAGAUCUACGAGUUUCGAUAACUGACCGAGUCUAGUUUUUUUAUGACUGUGCAGGAAACUUUGUUUUCUUCUGGUCAUCGUGGUUUGUACAGUCACUGCACAGUGUUGAGUUUUUGUUUUACUUAAUUAGUGUAUUUUCUGUACAGCAUUUGAGAAUUUGUUUCAUUUAAACAUAUGACAAACACAAAUAAAAUUUAUUUAUAAUUCAAGGCAUAUAUAUAUAUAUGCCUUAUGUUGUACAAAGUUUGUCAUGCACUAAAUAUUUACCAUUUCUGCUUGACAUUAAGAUUGAAUGAUCACUUAGUUUUCACGCAAUUUAACCCUUUUACAGGAAGUUAUUUUAGGUUAAGUAAUGCAGUGCUUUGUGAAGUAAAUAACUGUUAAAACAGAACCAAGUACAAUGUCAGGCUUCAAGAAAUGAUAAUUCAUGUAAAACUAAUACUCAUGUAUGUAUAAAUAACUAUUCAUCGAA